GAAAGCAGUCCUAAGAAAAAAAAUUAAAAAUGGACGAUGAAAAAUUAAUUUGUUUAGUACAAAAAUAUAGGGAAAUUUAUGAUAUAACUGAUAGUGCUUAUCAUAACCAGCAACAAAAGGACAACAUAUGGGAGGAAAUCGCUGGAGAAAUAAACAGACCCGUUACCGAAUGCAAGAAAAGAUGGAGCACGUUAAGAGAUACCUAUCGAAAAUCUCUUAGGUCUCAGAGAACUAAAAGUGGUGAAGGAGCAAAAAAAAAAAAGAUUUGGCGAUAUGACAAACACAUGUCUUUUUUGCGAUGUUUUUUAGUAGACAGACAGCAAAUUAGUAAUGUUGAGCAGUGUGAUUCAUCAGAAGAUGAAACACAGGAGCGGGAAGAAGACAGUAAUGUCACAGAUGAUGUUAGCAGUCCCAGCAGUAUUCCAAAAGGUCCUUCUACAUCCAAACCUUGCAGUUCUGCCUCUAACACAUCUCAAACAUCAACUCAUAAAGGGUCAAAACAGGCAAAAAAAACACUUUCAUCAGCAGAAGUGCUUCAUGAUUAUUUAAAAGAAAAAAACAGUCAAAAAAAAACACCACUAGAAAGACAGAACGCUUCAGAUGCUAUAUCAAAAUUUUUUGAUUGUAUGGCAGAAACAGUUAAAACAUUGUCUCCUCAGUUACAAAUUGAAGUCAAAUCAAAAGUUUUUGCAAUAGUUAGUGAUGCAGAAAUAAAAAAUCUAAAUUUUAGCCCGAUAAGUCCAACCACCAGCCAAAAAGUUACUUUAAUUUCUAAUCAACCACCUCGAUCUACAAAUGUUCCUCAACAAAAUAGGGUCACAAUGCCACAACCACAUUUUCACCAGCAACAGCAGCAUCAGUUGCCAUAUCCGCAGCCUCAAACACAGCACUCACCAGCCAUAUCACCAAAGCCCUUUUCACAAUCACAAUCACUCUUAUCAUCAUAUUCUCAGCAACACAUACCAUUUGCUUCUGUUCUACAACCUACCACCAGUUUCACCGAACAUUUUGAUGACAAUAACGAUGAUAAUGAUCUUACACAGAUCUAGAAUGCUAUUUCGUAUUCUAUAGUCGGUGGUGUUAGUGACAUUAAACACCAAAAUAUUUCACUUCCGGAUACCAGCACCAAAUUUUGUUAAAAACAGUUUUUACACAUAUAAGAGAUUGAAAAAACUAUCCGAAGACUGGGGGUAAGUCUCCUGUAUUUUGGGUGGUUGUAAAUAUUUUUACACAAACGCCACGGACUAUUAUGCUUUAUAUUUAGAACAAUUAAUAUUAUUUGUUGGUAAUUAUCAAAGAAUGUUUUUUUAUUUCGUUUUUUUUAAGAAAAGAAUAUUACUUUUGUGCUUUGACAUUUAUAAUAAACAUUAAUAAGCUAAAAUACCGAUUUAUUACUUACCU